AUGUCUCGCUCAAACCAAUCAAGCCGCUCGACCUCAUCUUACUCUUCAGGCAAAAUUCCUCUGUCAUGCCAGUCUGGUGUGUAUCUCCUACUCGAUGUCGCAGAAUUGUCCCUAAUCAGUUUCACAGAUUCUAAACAACGCGCCACCUAUGACUCCGUAAGAUACGACGACAGGUACCUCGAGCCAAGGUACGCCACAACCUUGAGUGAACCGCGCUCCGCAUCCUCGGGCAAGUCUUCAAGCAGUCAAUCUGGCCGGUCUUCGAAUUCCGACAAGGUACCUCUUUCGAUCAGCCAUGGCUCCUCUUCGCGAGACGAUGGGAGGUCUAAGACAACAGACGAGCGUUACUAUCCUCAGAGCUUCCUCGACUCCCGGCAGCCCCAGAAGAAGCCUCUGUCAUGCCAGACCAAGGAUAAGGAUGAGAGGUACUACACGAAUUCAUCUUAUUACCGAUAG